AUGAACAAGCAUCCUUGCGAUCCAAGAACAAGCCAUCCUGUCCUGUCCCACCCUGAUGGGAUCCCGCCGUUUUCACCCUCUGGAAUUACUCUCCUUCGCAGGGAGGAAAACGGGACUCCAAGUGUUGUGCGUGGGUUUUCCCGCGUGAAAGCUCUUAAAGAGAAGCUUUGCGAGAAUGAUAAUUUCCACUGGAUUCAUGAUCUAUGUUACCUACACCGGGGACAUGCUGACGGAUACUUUUGGAUCUUCAACCAGAAAGAUGAGCUCCCGGGGCACAUCUAUGAAGAACUCAAGUGUUCAUUUCGAAUAGAAGUUGUGACAGCAACGAAUGAUAGUGAAUCAGUUCAGGAAUCAACGAACGAAAGUGAAUCAGUUCUGGAAUCAACGUGGCUCUAUCAAGCUCAAGAACAUAUCAAGAGUAUAUACCGAGAUUGGGAGAGUCCACAAACAACUCGCCUUGUUCCGCCAGUCGAGGACAUAAAUGGAUGGAUCAAUGCAGCGAAGUCUGCUGGGGAAGAGUCUGAAAGGACCCUACUUCGUCAUUUAUGUGAAAUGGGGAAAAUAAACAAAAUGCCAAUGUUCAUCACAUAUAACCGUAACUUUGUCCACCUUAUAGAGAGAAGAAAUAAAGGGGGUGGACUUGAAGGCAUCCUAGUAUGCGGAGAACACGAUAUCGUGCUGAUACAUCGCCACAUUGGAAUCAUCUUCAUUCAAGUUAAGAAUCUUGAUACUGAGCAGACCGGAAACAAACUCACAAAAGCAUUGGAGAGAAACAUCCAAACAGCUGAAGAGCAGCUUGAGAAAGAUUUGCGCAGUCUGGAGGCUGCCACGAGGGAAUGUGGAUUGACAGGUAUGAACGUAUCGCUCCGUAUCAUAGCACUCACAAAUGCGAAAAGAGAUCAAGUAGCAGGAACAUCACAUGGUGCCAAUACUGUCUUCCUCUGCGCCGAAGACAAUGAGUCAGCAGAGACCAUGGAACGAUGGUGGCAUCAGCAUAUUCUCCAGUCGCAACUUGCUGAAAUCCCUCCUAUUGAUUCCAGAACCUACCUUCAGCUCGUGGCAAUAUACAUCGGCCCUAUAUAUGCAACCCCGGCCUACACUGCGCGAUUGACGAUUGAGAGGUUGAACUUCCUAACUGCAGACAAACUGGACAUGUUGGUGAAUGGAGCAAAGGAUUUUGUCUUCAAAGGUGCAGCUGGGACCGGGAAGACGUGGUUACUCCAGGAAAAGAUCCGAAACAUCUUCAUGUCAUGGUUCUCCAAUGGACCCAUCACGGACAAGGACGAAAAGAUCCUGCUCGUCUGUCGAAAUAACCUACUUACCUCGCACUUGCGUAAGACGAUUCCCGACCUCCUUCUGACGUCCGCCGCCCCUGUGCCCAGAAGACAUAUCGAAAAGGAAAAGGAAAAAGACGAAAUGCAGAUGGUACGGCAGAUUCUACGCAACAAUCUCUUCAUUUGCUCCUUGGAGCCUUACGAGCAAGAAUUAGGGGUUGGUGUGUUGAAAGGGAAGAAGGCAAACGACGAACUAACAGAUGGAGAAUGCAAAGAAAAUGAAUACAAUGAUCUCCAGAAUAAAGGUCUCGUAUCAAAGGUGAGGAAUGCAACAUGGGAGAUUGUUAUACUCUUUGAGAUCCUCGGAAGAUCAGUGGCAGUCAUGUCACCUGGAAAUAGAGGAAGAUGGCCACUCAAGGCUUCGGUCAUCGGACGUCUCUUCCAGUCCUUCAGUCCGUCAGUUGAAGCGCUGAAGUUCUUGGCUUCUAGCAUCGAAGUCAUGGCAUUUAAGAAAGCAAUUGCUUUUCAGCUCUAUUUAGAAAGAUACGUCGGUCCAUCAAUGCUUGGAAUCACUAUGAGGUUGUCUGCGUGUUCGGCCGUCAUCGCAGAAAUGCCUGCAGAGAUGCAGCACGACCUACUCGUGGACAUGGAAAGUAUUCUGAAGACCAGAAAACCAGCAUUCCUCCACAUCUUCGUCGACGAAGCUGAAGACUUAUGCCAUGCUUUUUCUGACCAAUGGUUGACCUCACUCCGUCAUCUGCACAAGGAAUGUGGAGGGUACUUUUGGAGGGCCUAUGACCCCCUUUCAUUGCCAGAGUUACCGGUUACGUUGAGGAAGGAGGUUGGCAUUGCUCGUUCUUUACUUAGAGUGAUGAGGAACCCGAGAUCAGUGUUGGACACCUGGACUGGAGAUGAGGAUUCACUGGGAAGAGACGAAGACUUGACACGUUCAAGCCUCAGUGACCCAACGUAUAAAAGGGAAUAUAUUAUUUCGGGGCACGAUGUGCGGGGUCCCAAGGUGUUAACGUUUGACGUCCCCAGUUCCAUCCUAUCCGAAGAGAUCCAGAGGAUCCUAUUAGAUAAGUUCGGGAAUUGGACAUACGUCAGGGACGUCGCCAUCCUCUUCGCUGACCCAGCGGAUUUUUUCAUCCACGGGGAACGGCUGAGGAAGGAAAUGGAGGAGAAAAUACGCGAUUCUUCCGGACCCAUCUUCAUUCACCGUGUAGAUUCUUUCAAGGGAAUGGAAGCUGCGAUCGUGUUCUUGAUUACUAACGAAAAAGCAAAGAGGGGGAGCAGGUUCUACAUGGGAGCAUCACGCAGCACCUCCUACCUCUUUCAAAUCUCCUUAGAACCUACCGUCGAAGAGGACGCAGCUGCCGAGACGUCACUCAUGGAAGGUGUUCUUAAGGCCUUGCCAGAUGAUGCGCCUGCUGAAGAAAAGAACGCAUGGGAAAGUAAAUGCCGCCGCGUUCUUCUCAUGAAGAAUUUGUAG